CCCGCUUCCGACACUUCGCCGGCCAUGAGCGCCACCGCCGCCGCCGCCGCCGCCGCAAACCCCACCGCUCUCGGCCGCCUCUUCCUCCUCCGCCCCUCCCCGAACCCUAGCGGCAGCUCCGCGCAGCCCCUCCGCGUCCGCUUCCCCCGCCUCACGCUCUCCCGCCGCAUGGAGGCGGCCCCCGCGGCGGCGAUCGCCGACUCCCGCGGCGGCGGGGAUCCCGAGCGGGACCUGAGCGCGUCCGCGGUCGGCGCGGACACCCUGGGCUCCGUGGAUGCUUCGGAUUUCGAUGUGGAGAUGAAGGAGCCUAGCGUGGCGACGAUUCUGACGAGCUUCGAUAAUUCGUUCGACGAGUUCGGGGCUAUGAGCACGCCGCUGUACCAGACGGCUACGUUUAAGCAGCCUUCGGCGACAGAUAAUGGACCUUAUGAUUACACUAGAAGCGGUAACCCUACGCGCGAUGUUCUCCAAAGCCUUAUGGCUAAGCUUGAGAAGGCGGAUCAAGCAUUCUGUUUCACCAGUGGAAUGGCAGCACUAGCUGCAGUAACACACCUCGUUAAGUCUGGACAAGAAAUAGUUGCUGGAGAGGACAUAUAUGGUGGCUCAGACCGGCUGCUCUCACAAGUUGCCCCAAGACAUGGGAUCGUAGUAAAACGAAUCGAUACAACCAAAAUUAGUGAGGUAGCUUCUGCAAUUGGGCCCCUGACUAAACUAGUAUGGCUUGAAAGUCCGACCAAUCCCCGUCUACAAAUUACUGAUAUAAAGAAAAUAGCAGAGAUAGCUCAUUAUCAUGGUGCUCUUGUUUUGGUAGACAACAGUAUCAUGUCUCCUGUGCUCUCCCGUCCUCUAGAACUCGGAGCAGAUAUUGUCAUGCACUCAGCCACCAAAUUUAUAGCUGGACAUAGUGAUCUUAUGGCUGGAAUUCUUGCGGUAAAGGGUGAAAGCUUGGCUAAAGAGAUUGCAUUUCUACAAAAUGCCGAAGGAUCAGGUUUGGCACCAUUUGAUUGCUGGCUUUGUUUGAGAGGAAUCAAAACCAUGGCUUUGCGGGUGGAAAAGCAACAGGCUAAUGCUCAGAAGAUUGCUGAAUUCCUAGCUUCUCAUCCAAGGGUAAAGCAAGUUAACUAUGCGGGACUUCCUGGUCAUCCUGGACGAUCUCUACACUAUUCCCAGGCAAAGGGAGCAGGUUCUGUUCUCAGUUUCCUAACCGGUUCGUUGGCUCUCUCAAAACAUGUUGUUGAGACCACAAAGUACUUCAAUGUAACAGUUAGCUUUGGAAGCGUGAAGUCACUCAUCAGCCUGCCAUGCUUCAUGUCACAUGCUAGCAUCCCUUCCUCAAUUCGCGAGGAGCGUGGAUUGACCGAUGAUUUGAUCAGGAUAUCUGUUGGGAUCGAGGGUGCUGACGACCUCAUUGCAGAUCUUGAUCACGCUCUCCGGUCCGGUCCAGUCCAGCGUAGCAGAGAAUAGCCUGUGAAUUGCUUGCUCUUCCUAUUCGUUAGGGAUGUAGGUGUGGUCAUGUGGGUGCUAUCUGUGUGGGUGAUUCAAUGGUCAACUCAAUAAGCUGCUGUGUCAGCGAGGGAACAAAGACUAUUAAUCCCAAAAUUUUGAACUCCAUGUGGUGACCAUAAUGUGGUCAUAAUCAAUUGAUGUUUAUAGAAGCUUUUCCUUGACCUGUGAUUUUGUAACCAAUGACAAUGAUGCAAGGACUUGGAAAAGCAAUGUUGCUACAUGCCAUUGGAUGUUA